AUGGCCUCGAAAUGUAAAGAUUGUGAUGGUAGGAUUAGGUGCCCUUGUGUAAGAUGUGUGAACAAUAGGCUUCAAACUUUACCUGUUGUGAAAGCACACAUAUUCGAUUGGGGUUUUUUUACUGGUUACGAGAAGUGGACAUACCACGGGGAAGGAGAAUCUAGUGCCACUAAUACAAUGAACGACCAUGAUGCCGCUGAUGAUGAUCUUGAAAUUGACGAGAUGAUUCCAAUAGUGGAUGACUUCCUUCAGCCGUCAUUCGAAAUGGAUGAUAAUCCUGAUGCAAAUCAAUGGCGCGACGAAUUAUUUGAAGAAAUUGAGGCCGAGUUGUAUCCUGGUUGUGAUUGGAUAUCUUCUCUUAACUUUUUGGCAAAGUUAUUGCAUUUGAAAGUUAGGGGAAAAAUUCCUAACAACAUAUUUGAUGAAUUACUGAAGUUAUUAAAAUUUGCUUUUCCAAAGGAAAAUAAAAUUCCAUCAAACUAUUAUGAUGCCAAGAAAAGAUUGAAAAAAUUAGGAUUGGGGUAUGAGUCAAUUCAUGUGUGCAAGCACAACUGCUGUUUAUUUUACAAUGAACAUGCAAAUGAAGAUUCAUGUCCAGUCUGUGGCACUAGUAGAUGGAUAACUUCAGAAAAUUUAGGAGCAAAAAAGGUGCCUCAUAAGGUGAUGCGUUAUUUUCCGUUAAUUCCGCGACUGAAAAGACUGUAUACUUCAAGGCAUACGGCAAAAUACAUGGUAUGGCACCACAGUGGUAAAUCAAAAGAUGAGGGUGUGAUGCGACACCCUGUGGAUGGUGCAGCGUGGAAGGACUUUGAUGCCAAACAUCCUGAUUUUGCUAGUGAACCUCGAAAUGUUCGUCUCGGUUUAGCUGGCGAUGGCUUUAAUCCAUUUGGCAAUAUGAGCCAAGCUUACAGUAUGUGGCCUGUAGUUUUGGCGAACUAUAAUCUUCCACCUUGGUUAUGUAUGAAAGAUAAUAAUUUUAUGUUGACCAUUCUAAUUCCUGGAGAUAAAUCACCCGGAAUGGACAUAGACAUAUUUUUAAGAACCUUGGUGGAUGAGUUGAAUGAGUUGUGGGUUAACGGAGUAGAUACGAGAGAUUGUCGAACCAACACUGUCUUCAAGUUGCGUGCAGCUCUUUUGUGGACAGUGAAUGAUUUUCCUGCUCGUAGUUAUUUGUCUGGUUGGAGUGGUCAGGGAUAUAAAUCUUGUCCUACUUGCAAUGAAGAUACAUCUUCUAUUCGAGUAAUUGGUAAGACAUCUUACGUGGGUCAUAGAAGAUUUUUGCCAAAUAACCAUCGAAUGAGAAGGGAUACUCAAUUUGACGGACAUAUUGAGAGAAGACCUCCUCCAAGACGUUUUACUUGUGAAGAAGUGUUAGAACAAGUAAACAAACUCCCACCCCACCUCCCUGGAAAUCAUGAGCUCUUUGGUGGUGUGAAACGUAGGCGAGUUGCAGAAAAUCAUAAUUGGCGGAAAAAAAGCAUCUUCUACGAGCUUGACUAUUGGUGUUCAAAUAUUCUUAAACACAAUAUUGAUGUCAUGCAUGUUGAGAAGAAUGUUUGUGAUAGUUUAUUGGGCACAAUAUUGGACAAUGAGAAAUCCAAGGACACUACCAAUGCAAGACAUGAUUUAAAGAAGCUAGGCGUCAGAGAAUCGUUGUGGAUUUAUGAAGACGAGAGGGGGAAGUUGUUGAAACCUCAUGCACCUUACGUGCUUACACCUGAUGACAGGAUCCAAUUUUGUAAAUUUAUUAAGGAUGUGAAAUUUCCCGAUGGCUUUUGUUCGAAUUUGAAAAAAAAAGUAAAUGAAAAUUUAACAAAUGUCAUCGGAUUGAAGUCACACGACUGUCAUGUAAUAAUGCAACGAUUACUGUCUGUUGGUGUUCGCAAGUUUCUCCCGAACGGUAUAUCGACCACCAUCUCUGAACUGUGUAACUUUUUCAGGCAAAUUUGUUCAAGGACUAUAAAUGUUAAAGACAUGGAGGUUGCUCAACAAGAUCUUAUUUUAAUCUUGUGUAAAAUGGAGUCCAUAUUUCCUCCUGCAUUUUUUGACAUAAUGAUUCAUUUGGUCCUUCAUUUGCCUGAAGAAGCAAUUUUGGGUGGACCUGUUUUUAUGAGGUGGAUGUAUCCAUUUGAAAGAUACAUGAAAAAAUUGAAGAACUACGUAGGAAAUAAAGCACGUCCUGAAGGGUCGAUAGCAGAAAGUUACGUGAUUGAUGAGGCUUUGACAUUUUGUUCAAUGUAUUUCAAGGGGGUUGAAACAAGGUUUAACCGUCUUGAUCGUAAUGAAGAUGAGGUUGUCCCACGAAAGCUUUCUGUGUUUCAAUCUCAAUGUCGACCCAUCACAAAAGGCAAUCUCCGGCCACUUGAUCGCGCAUCUCGUGAACAAAUAUAUGACUUGCACAAGUCCGGAUCAUUAGACAAUGGCAAAGAGUUGCUAGCUUUAGCAUCCGGGUCUGAUCACUUAGGCACUUCCUAUGAAGGUUGUAUUGUGAAUGGAGUUCGAUUUAUGGCUACCAAAAGAGAUGAGAAGAGGAGCACACAAAAUAGUGGAGUGUUUGUGGCAGGAACAGAAGGUUUUAAUUAUUACGGCACACUCACUGAAGUGCUAAAGUUAACCUUCACUGGUGUUUACUCUGUCACAUUAUUUAAGUGCAAGUGGUACAAUACAAAUCCAAGACGGAAGAAAACAAUCGUCGAGAACCUUAUCACUAGUAUUAAUGUCAGUGGUGUAUGGUAUAAAGAUGACCCAUACAUACUUGCUAGUCAAGCAAAGCAAGUGUUUUAUCUCGAUGAUUUAUUGAGAGGGAAAAAUUGGAAAAUAGUUGAGAAUGUAAAUCACCGACAAAUUUGGGAUAUCGUGGAUGAUGAUCCUAACGUCGAAAUUGAUUUGGUACACGACACCAACUCCUCCAAUUUUGUGUUAACAGUUGAUCUUGGGGAGUUAAUUCUGCUACCUAAUCAACCUCCUAUAGACAUUGGCACUGAACCUAGUUCGCCUGUCAACGAAGAUGACCGCAACGUGGACGACGAAGAUGCUACUGAAGAAUCUGACGAAGAAAUUUUAGUUGACCUUUGUGAAGAUGAUGUGAAUGAUCAUUUAGUUAAUAAUGAUAGUGAUAUGGAUGAUUAA